AUGUACUUUCCAACUCAGGAGGAGGAACUCCUGCCGACUUCGCUGUUGGCAGAUGAUGCUGCUGAAUUCGAUCGCUUUAGCCCUGUGGCGGCAUGGGCGGAGAUGGUGUGCAAGUUGCAUCUCCUCGAGAAGCAGAAGGCUCGAGAAGCGCAGCAGGAGAUGACCCUUGCAUCUUGGAGCAAGAAGCCGCAGGAGGAUGUGCGAGUCAAGUCAAGAGGAUUCAGCAAGUGGUUCUCCAACGAACCAACUGGCCGUUCUGGUGAAAAUCGCAUGCCUCUUGUUACCGUCAGCGAGAGCGAGGUGGCAACCGCCAGUGUUGCCGGCCGAUCUGGUGGAUAUCAAACAGGGGCCAGUAUCAACGAGACCUCACAGCAGUCGUGUGGUGGUAUCGCCAGUGCACAGCCCAGAAAAGGACAUCAGACAGCAGCGUGCCCCAUCCGUGGCAGCGAGACCUCACCACAGACGAUGGAG